GCCCGGGACGCCUGGCUCCGGACCCCGCUGGCCCCCGGCGAGAUGAUCACGGCGCAGAGCGCGCUGCUGGAGAGGGAAGCGCAGGAGUCCAGCACCACCGACGAGGAGCUCGCAGGCCGGAGAGCGGCCAACGGGAGCAGCGAGAGGGGCGGCGCCGCGAGCACCCCGGACUAUGGGGAGAAGAAGCUGCCACAGGCGCUUAUCAUUGGGGUCAAGAAAGGAGGGACCCGCGCGCUGCUGGAGGCGAUCCGAGUCCACCCGGACGUGCGGGCGGUGGGCGUUGAGCCGCACUUCUUCGACAGGAACUACGAAAAGGGGCUGGAGUGGUACAGAUUAAGUCUGGGACUGUUGGAAAGUUUUGCAAACCAGGGAGUGAUUCAGAUCAGCUUUGAAAAUACAGCCGGAGAUUGGACCAGGAGGGUCUUCCCAGAUGAGGAAACCAAAGCUUAGCAAAUGAAGUGGUUUUUCCUAGGUUACUCAGUGAUGACAACUGACAGGUCCUCAUCUCAAACCCAG